AUAAAAACGGAAAUGAGAUUAUUAUUGGUUCUAUUGAUUGUGACAAUUGUUUCUGCCACAAUGGCUCCUCCCAUUACUAGUAACGAUAAAAAAUGGGUAAGAUCAUCUAUUGAAAAUAAUGAUUGCCACAAAGAUUGUAGAAGAGCAGAUGGACAUGUUUGUGCAGGAUUACAUAAAUCAUAAUGUUGUUAAAGACAUUGGUGUUUAUAAGAUGAAAAACUACAUGAUGUUUGGAGUUGCAGAACAGGAUUGUAAAAUAUUUUGUUUUAAUAAACUCUAGCGAAAUUCAUGUUGAUUCAUGUAAUGCAUUCCCUAAAAGAGAUGCAGGAUUUCUAUAAGAAACAAAUUGAUAUAAGCAAUUAAAAUAAUUUACAUACCUAGCA